UUGCUUUUCAAAAUAUAGUGCUAGUGCGUAAGAGUGAGAGUGAGAGACUAAAGAGAUUUCUUUCCCAUGGCGUCCACCAAAGAAAGAGAGAACCACAUCUACAUGGCUAAGCUUGCCGAGCAAGCUGAGCGCUACGACGAUAUGGUGGAACAGAUGAAGAAAAGGGUGACCAAGAGCGCAGAAGCCGGCAUGGAACUGAGCGUGGAAGAGAGGAAUCUGUUCUCCGUUGCGUACAAGAACAUGGUGGGAGCUCGCAGAGCCUCAUGGAGGAUCUUAUCUUCGCUCGAGCAGAAGGAAGAAUCGAAAGGGAACGAUCAGACCCUGAAGCGGAUCAAGGAGUAUAGGCACAAGGUCGAGUCCGAGCUCUCUGACAUUUGCGCCAACAUCAUCUCCCUCAUGGACGAUCAUCUCAUCCUGGCUUGCUCCACCGGAGAGUCCACCAUCUGUUUCAACAAAAUGAAAGGGGAUUAUUAUCGGUAUUUGGCGGAGUUUAAGGCUAGUGAUGAGAAGAAAGAGACUGCUGAUCUGUCACUGAAAGCUUCCCAGGCAGCUAUUACUACAGCAGAAGCUGAAUUACCUCCUACACAUCCGAUCAGACUGGGUUUGGCCUUGAAUUUCUCUGUAUUUCAUUAUGAAAUUAUGAACUCUCCUGAAAGGGCUUGUUACCUGGCAAAGCAAGCCUUUGAUGAAGCUAUCUCGGAAUUGGAUACUUUGAAUGAGGAAUCUUACAAAGACAGCACUUUAAUUAUGCAGCUCUUGAGGGAUAACCUCACAUUGUGGACCUCUGACAUCCCAGAGAAUGAAGGUGACUUGUAGAUCUUUGUAGGAUAAAUCAAUCUUGCCUAGAAUUUUACUCUUGAUGAAACUUUAGUGACAACCAUUAAAUUAUUUCAAUUAACAUCAGUUGGGUAAAUGAAUCAGUUUAUAUAUGUUAAUGUGACAAAGAGGCUGGGUUUUGUCUAUCA